ACAGGGAAGAGCAAUUAAGGUGGACUGACCCGUCUUCAUUAAUUUUGCCAUAACAAUACAGGAUGAACUCUUACUUAGAUUAUACCAUUUGUAACAGGGGGACUAACAUAUUCAACGCCAAUGCCGGAUACCACCAUUUAAACCAUGGAUACAUGUCCUCCUUAUCUUCCAAUUCAUGCGCAACAAGUGAUAGUUUUGUGUCGGAUGGGCGGUUAGUUGGCGGUUCUUCGGUGCACCAGACUUCGAGCCACCCUCUCCACCAGCCCCUGCUACAUCAUAUAGAUCUCCAGUUUGGCUCAACGGGAAACUCGGUGUAUGGCUCGCCAACAGGGCCAAACUUGGAUUAUGGACCUCAUCAAUACGCUCUAAUUCAUGAACAAGAACGAGGUUUCAUUCAGUCGCCUGGGAUUCCUGUGUCAGCCAUUGGAACGAACAUGCCCCCCCUGGCCGAAGGGAACAGUGAGCCAGGGUCUGCACCAAGCAGCCAGUAUCUGCACUUUUGCAGUGGAGAACAGGGGCAACAAGAAUACUUGGAGAGUAUUUACUCGAGAUUAGUUCCUUCCCAAUAUAGUGAUAAGGAUUCGGAUGAUUUCAAUGCAGAUUUAACUUCAAAAACUUUCGACUGGAUGAAAGUUAAGAGGAAUCCCCCUAAAACAGUUUCAGAAUAUGGAGUCCCUGGUCAACAGAAUGUAAUCCGUACCAACUUCAACACAAAGCAGCUGACAGAGCUCGAGAAGGAGUUCCAUUUCAACAAGUACCUGACCAGGGCCCGGCGAGUGGAAGUUGCCGCUAUUCUCGAGCUCAACGAAACUCAAGUGAAAAUUUGGUUCCAAAACCGCAGGAUGAAGCAGAAAAAGCGUGAGAAAGCAGGCACUGUCUUUCUAAACACAGCAGUACCGGCAAAUGAUUUGGGAGAGAUCGCCUCAUCUCCUGAUGUGUCACCAAGCUCGAAGACCGCAUAAAGCAAUCGUUUUACAAAUAACAUUUGAAUUACCGCACUCAUGGUGCUGCACUUUACUUGUCACAUUUUCAAGGAUACUGCAGGUUUCAGGGUUUAGGUGCACUAAUUUCUGCAAACAAUUUAGUUUAAUGUUUGCACUAUUUACGGGUAUUUUCUACAAAUACAUUUAGAUAAUUAUGUGAGAAGUUAGAAAUAAAAUGUUUGUUUUGAAAAGUCUGUAUUUGUGCUGAUUUGUACAUUUGUGAGCGAAUGAAAUGUUCCCAUACAGUAGGCUAUAAAGUAUUUAUUGAAUGUGACAAUAAGGAUAAGAAAAUCUAAAUCUAUGGAACUAAUUGAAUUGUUCUUCGAUGUUCUUUCUACGCAAAUAGUAUUUUGGAAGUCAACAUUGUUUAACUGUUGUUGAAACUGUUUUAUAUCUGCCUACUCAUGAAAUUAGGAAUCAGAUGGAAAAAUAUGUAAUUUUCAUUGAA